UAACAGUCACGAGAGAGAGAGAGAACCAAAACGGCACGAGUCUCUGAUCUGUACAACCAGGAAAUUUUAGAGCAAUUGUGGACAGCUGUGGUGUUUUGUGGAGGUGGUGACCGUGGCGGCGGCGACGGCGGAGGUGGCAGUAUUUGGGGCGCAGCCAUGGCUCAUUCAUAUGUGAGGAGAAUCUCGAAGCCUCAAAUGAUGAUCGUCGUUGUCACAUCCUCAUCCUCGAUUUUCUCUUUCUGUUUCGCGCUUUCACUGCUGGCUUUCUUUGCUUCUGCUCAUAUUCUUACUGAUACAGAGGGCAACAACAGUGAUUUGUUUCCUGAAGUUCUACGGGAAGAAGCAGUGGCAAGGCUAUAUGAACUUGGAAAGGUAAGCGAUGCUGAGGGCUAUCUUGAGCGGACCUUCUUGAGUCCAGCGUCUAUAAGGGCAGGAAAUCUUAUUCGAGAAUGGAUGGAGGAUGCCGGUUUGAGAACGUGGAUAGACCAAAUGGGCAAUGUACAUGGUCGAGUUGAAGGAAUGAAUCCAAGUGCUGAUGCUUUGUUAAUUGGUUCUCAUUUGGAUACGGUUGUUGAUGCUGGAAUAUUUGAUGGGUCACUAGGCAUAAUUUCUGCUAUCUCUGCAUUGAAGGUUUUGAAUAUCACUGCCAAGUUACAGAAGUUGAGGCGGCCAAUUGAGGUGAUUGCAUUUAGUGAUGAGGAGGGAGUUAGGUUUCAGUCCACCUUUUUAGGAAGUGCAGCUGUAGCUGGUGUUUUACCAGCUUCAGCCUUGCAGAUAUCUGAUAAGAGUGGUGUAACAGUGCAAAAUGCUCUUAUGGAUAACUCUAUAGAAGCUACAGAGGAAACAUUGUCUCAACUGAAGUAUGACCCAAAAUCUGUUUGGGGUUAUGUUGAGGUUCACAUUGAACAAGGACCUGUGCUAGAAGGGAUUGGUCUUCCUCUAGCUGUGGUGAAAGGCAUAGCAGGACAGACACGGCUAAAGGUAACAGUGAGAGGUUCACAAGGGCAUGCUGGAACAGUCCCAAUGUCCAUGCGCCAGGAUCCUAUGGCUGCUGCUGCUGAAUUAAUUGUUCUAUUGGAAAGCCUUUGCAAACGUCCCAAGGAUUUUCUAUCAUAUGAUGGUCAAUGCAAUGGUUUUGCAGUUGAAUCUCUUUCUGGUUCCCUGGUCUGUACUGUUGGAGAGAUAUCAUCCUGGCCAAGCGCAAGUAAUGUGAUUCCAGGACAGGUAACAUUCACAGUAGAUUUACGUGCAAUUGAUGACAUGGGGCGUGAGGCGGUCCUUUAUGAAUUAUCUGACCGGAUGUACCAAAUAUGUGAGAAGCGUUCUGUUUCUUGCACCAUUGAGCGAAAGCAUGAUGCAAAUGCUGUGAUCUGCGAUACUGAAUUGAGCACACAGCUGAAGUCUGCUACAUACUCUACACUCAAAAGAAUGGCAGGCGAGAUUCAAGGUGAUGUGCCUGUGCUGAUGAGUGGAGCAGGGCACGAUGCCAUGGCAAUGUCCCAUUUAACUAAGGUUGGCAUGCUGUUUGUGCGGUGUCGCGGGGGCAUCAGUCACUCUCCUGCAGAGCAUGUGUUGGACGAGGAUGUCUGGGCUGCUGGCUUGGCCAUUCUAGCAUUCCUGGAGACCCACUUGUAAUUUAGUAUAUUUCAGUCACUGAUGUGCCUCAAAAAUAAAACUGAAUUGUCCUAAUGGAUGAUUUAAGGCAACAAUGUUCGUCGAUUUGUACAACCUCUUCGUUAAUUGCAGCUUCGGUAAUUUAGAGAUACUAUAUUAUCUACUAA